AUGUUCAAGAACAUAGUUAUUGCCAAAGUAGACAAGUCAUACGAGCAGCCUUUAGGGCUUUUCAUUGACAACGAGUUCAUCAAGUCCCGUGAUGAAGCUACAAUUGAGUCUUUAAACCCUUCCACAGGAGAAAAAAUCGCAUCUUUCUAUGCUGCGAGUGAAGCAGAUGUUGAUGCUGCUGUGGCAGCGGCCCGCAGGGCGUUUCCCUCUUGGAGUCACACUUCUCCGGAAGAACGUGGCAUUUUGUUGAGAAAAUUGGGUGAUCUGAUCGAACAAGAAAAGGAACUUUUGGCAGCAAUUGAGACUUUGGAUUCCGGUAAACCGUAUAAGUCCAAUGCACUGGGCGAUUUGGAUCAAAUUAUCUCUUUGACACGUUAUUUUGCGGGAGCUGCUGAUAAGUUUUCCAAGGGCGAAUAUAUCCCUGUGAACAAAGACAAAUAUGCAUUGACUCUUAAGGAGCCCUAUGGAGUAGUCGGCCAAGUGGUUCCCUGGAAUUAUCCUCUUGCUAUGGCAAGCUGGAAAAUUCAAGGUUGUUUGGCUGCAGGUAACACUAUCGUCAUAAAACCGGCGGAAAACACUUCUCUUUCGCUCUUAUAUGCGGCACAGCUUUUCAAGAAAGCCGGUUUCCCUCCUGGAGUUGUCAACAUCAUCCCUGGUCACGGGGGUAUUGCAGGCUCCAGAUUAGCCUCUCAUCCAGAUGUGGACAAAAUCGCCUUUACGGGAAGUACCGCAGUGGGUCAAAAGAUUAUGUCACUUGCCGCUUUGUCAAAUCUCAAAGCCGUGACCCUUGAGUGUGGAGGUAAAUCGCCUGCGGUUAUUUUCGACGAUGCGUCGAUUGAAGAAGCCGUCAAAUGGACAAGCAUGGGGAUAUUUUACAAUUCUGGUCAAAAUUGUACUGCGAACUCACGGAUCUAUGUCCAAGAAUCCAUUUACGAGGAAUUUUUAAGCAGAUUUAUUAAGCACGUUACAACCAAUUGGACAUUCGGCGAAGCUGCCGACCCGUUCGACAACGAGUGUACCGUGGGCCCUGUUAUCUCCAAGACACAAUACGACAGAAUCCAAAGCUAUAUUGAGCACGCUCAAAAGAACGAAAAUCUCAAAACAACACAAAUAGGAGCAGCAGCUCCAGGAUGUAAUGGUUUUUUCAUCCCCCCAACCAUCGUCACAGACGUCCCGCAGGAUUCCAAACUCAUGAAAGAAGAGAUUUUUGGUCCAGUUGCCGUAAUUUCGAGGUUCAGAGACUAUGGUGAAGUGAUUAAACUUGCCAAUGACACGAACUAUGGGCUUGCAGCGGCUGUUUUCACAGAAAGCAUCCGUCAGGCCAACAGAUUUGCCCAUGACAUCAAAGCCGGUACCGUUUGGGUCAAUUCUUCUAAUGAUGAAGAAAUUUCGGUACCAUUUGGCGGCUAUAAAAUGAGUGGAAUAGGUCGUGAGCUUGGGCAAAGUGGUAUGGACGCUUAUACUCAAACGAAGGGUAUACAUGUCAAUAUGGCCAAACUUUGA